AUGUCGAGUGUUUCGGUCAAUGGCGGAUGGACCUUUACUAAUGUCGGUCCUAUGACCACAACUUUCACACCAGCUCCAACCUGCACCAACAACAUAUUUGUCGGUGACACUGGAGGUGUUCCUAACCUCCAAUGGCCUGUGGACUGUGCGGCGGAUUCCUUUUCGGGAUGUACGCCGUCCAGUUCAGUGACGACUGCCACCACGAGAAACCUCAAUUCAGCUUGGGAAAUAAACUAUUUUUCACCGGGUCUCUACUGUCCAUCUGGGUGGGCGACAAAGGGUGCAAUUUCACACGACAAAUCCACCAGCCGUUCGUCAGGCAUCCUGACAGAACACCGGGUGAACAGUGGUGACUGGGAUAACCCCGCAACAAUGCUAGCGAGAAUCAUGAAGCCGGGUGAGACGCUUGCGCUUUGCUGUCCAAGCUCCAUGACGGCCGACUUUUAUAUCACGGGAUGCUAUUCUGAGAUUUCAAGCUACACUCCCACGGCAGCCUGCUAUAAAGAUGCUCCUGAAGAAGACUAUGGCGAUUAUACCAAGACUUUCACCUAUAAUGCCCUCAAGAUCACGGAAUAUUUCAAUUUUCCUACAGGCAAGACCGAGCCCACCGAAACAGAAAUCUUCGAUCUAAAUGGGUGGUCAAAUCUAGUCGGUUUCUCCGCUGUUCCCAUGGUUACUUUGGUGCAUCACCAGUCUGACCUGGACGCGGCCAAAGCUAUCACGGCUGUGACUACGGCCGCUGUUAGCCGCGGUAGCGAAUCUGCUACUAGUUCUGCUACUAGUUCUGUUCCCAGCGCCAGCACCGACACAGAACCUGAGUCUGAUGCUGCCACUUCCUCAAGUGCCGCCCGAAGGCUGAAUCCAGUGGGGCCUGCCUGGGAUGGGCUGGGUGUUGUCGUUGGAGCCUCAAUUGCCGCUGCGGCGCUGGGGGCGUUGAUUGUUUUUCCAUGA